CUAGUAAAGGGUGGAUCCCUCCCAUUCUAGCAAGAUUCUGAAAGGGGCACAAUUCUAGUAGGAUCUGGGAGAGGCACGUAAUCUCACCUCGGAUCAAUCGACCCCAACCUGUUCUCUUCGUCCCAUUAAAAAUACCGGAAUCGAGUCGAUUGAUUUCCAAAACUGGGGUGUUGAGAGGUGAUGCUGGGGGUCGUAGAAAUGACGGGCAGUAACAUGGCGAACGCCCUGGCCAAUGCGGCCUGCGAGCGAUGCAAGAGCGGCUUCGCCCCGGCAGAGAAGAUCGUCAACAGCAACGGGGAGCUUUACCACGAGGGCUGCUUCGUCUGCGCCCAGUGCUUCCAGCAGUUCCCCGAGGGGCUCUUCUAUGAGUUUGAAGGCAGGAAAUACUGUGAACAUGACUUCCAGAUGCUGUUCGCUCCCUGCUGCCGCCAGUGUGGGGAGUUCAUCAUUGGCCGUGUAAUCAAAGCCAUGAACAACAGCUGGCACCCGGACUGUUUCUGCUGUGACAUCUGCCAGGCGGUACUCGCAGACGUGGGAUUCGUCAAGAACGCCGGCAGGCACCUUUGCCGGCCCUGCCAUAACCGUGAGAAGGCCCGCGGUCUGGGGAAGUACAUCUGUCAGAAGUGCCACGCCAUCAUCGAGGACAGCCCCCUGAUCUUCAAGAACGACCCCUACCACCCGGACCACUUCAACUGCAACAACUGCGGUAAGGAGCUGACGUCUGAUGCCAGGGAGCUGAAGGGGGAGCUGUACUGCCUGCCCUGCCACGACAAGAUGGGCGUGCCGAUCUGCGGUGCCUGUCGUAGGCCCAUUGAAGGACGCGUGGUCAACGCCAUGGGCAAGCAGUGGCACGUCGAGCAUUUUGUGUGUGCAAAGUGUGAGAAGCCGUUCCUGGGCCACCGCCACUAUGAGAGGAAAGGCCUGGCCUACUGCGAGACCCACUACAACCAGCUCUUCGGCGACGUGUGUUAUCACUGCAACCGGGUGAUUGAAGGCGACGUGGUGUCGGCUCUGAACAAGGCUUGGUGUGUCAGCUGUUUCUCCUGCUCAACCUGCAACGCCAAGCUCACCCUCAAGAACAAGUUUGUGGAGUUUGACAUGAAGCCUGUGUGUAAGAAAUGUUAUGAGAAGUUUCCUCUGGAGCUGAAAAAAAGACUGAAGAAAUUGGCUGAGACCGUCGGACGCAAGUAGCCCCCCCCCCCCCCCCCCGAGUCUACAGGAUCCACAAGGCUUCAGGCGACAGUUUCCCCAAAUUCUCUGGCUUGCAAAAAUCCUAGUUCAGGUUUACCGUGUUUCCUUCUUGUUCCUUCCUGAUUCAGGAUAUGUUCCCUUGUGGUAUUCCAGUGUUUUUUUUUAGGAGAAUGUACUUGAAGGUUGCAGCCAUUCGAACAACAGCAGAGCUGGUAUUAACCCCAUCAAGGUCCAAAAUUAGUGAAAUUCAUCCGAUGUAUCAGGCAUGGCUUGUCUGUCUGUCAGAUUCAUUUUUUUUCUUUAGGUUGAGCUUCUCCCACUGUCCGUGUAACAUUUCAUAGGGGUUAUUGAAAUGUUAGUGUCAUACUUUUUAAAUUCUUUACUUGUGUGCCUUAUUUUGGUGAGGAGCAAGUGUCUAGUGGUUAAUGAGCAUUUGUAACGCGACUGGCUUUUGCAUGUGGUUUUAUUCACAGGGUCAAAUAAUAGAUAACUUAAUCCUGCCUUACAGUGGCCUAUGAGAGCAUUGCCAAAAAAACGUCCGGUAAAAUGCAUUCAGAAAUCUUUAUUUUUGUGUAUUUAAAAAAAAUGUAAUAGAAAUAGAAGUCUUACAACUCUAUACCUGAAAGUGAGACUUGAGAAUCUGUAAUUCAUUAACUCAGGAGAAAAUAAAAGUUGAGUUGGCCAUGACAUUUACACCCUGAAAUGGGUUUUUUAACCAAAGCUUGCCACGAUAUCUAAUCACUACAGACGCCUGUCUUUGAGAUUGAUCAAAGUGCUUUGAGUACUUGUAAACUACUCUUAAAAUAUAAUGCAGCACCUGUCUAAGGUUUGAGGACAACUACUAACUACUAAUUAAUUUUUGCUAUUUUCCACAUAUAUGAUUGAUGACUACAGUACAUACAUAACCCUACCUUGUCAUAACACAACUUAUUGGCACUCUAAGAAGGGAAGAAAUUCCAGAAAUGUACUUUUAACAAGGCACACCUGUUUAGUGAAAUGCAUUUCAGGUGACUACUUAAGUUGGUUGAGAGAAUGCAAAGAUGACAUCCAGGCAAAGGGUGGCUAUUUUGCAGAAUCUACAACAUGAAAUGUAUUUGGAUCUGUUUAACACUUCUUUUUUUUGGUUACUACAUGGUUCCGUAUGUGUUAUUUCGGAGUUUUGAUAUUUUCACUAUUAUUCACUAUUAUUCGGCAAUGUGGAAAGUAGUAAACAUAUAUACCCUGUCCAAACUUUUGACUGGUACUGUAAUAUAGAAAUAGCUUUUGUCUUAUAGCUUGUGUGUAUAAAUAUAUGUGAUGUAAUACACUGUGUAAAAAUAUGCACGAAAUUGUCACAUACUGCUUUUUCUAAUCGUAGAAUUACUACGACUGCCUUAUUCCGAGUUGCAGAGAAUACAACUUUAUGUACGAUUGAGAAUCCUAGCCAUUUAUCCGAACGUGAAAUCUAAAGUGAGUGCUAUAAAAGCAAUGAAUCUUUUAACAUGUUUGAAAUAAUCAGCCGUGCCUUUAUAUUUUACUCCCAGUAGUUACGAGGAGUUAGGCGGGUUUCUAAUCCAAAUCGACUUGCAUGGAUUGAGCAAAAAAAUUUGUCGCUUCACCGGCUCGGGAUUCAGUCUAGCAACCUUUCACUUUUAGGUCAGAUGCUCUAGUUGCUGAGCUACUUCACGGUUUCAUGUCUUUAAGAACAUUUUCUAGUCCGUCCUGUUACAUUGUAGUGAGUUGUUAACAUCCACAAACAGAUGAGUGUGUUUCAUGUGGCCUAUUUGUGUAACAUACGUCUUAAGAAACCAAAUAUUACGGUUGUUUGAUGAACAUUUGGAAAGGAGCUAGUUUUGCGUACAAGUAAUGUAAAAUUAUUUGUGAGUUAUGAAAAGAAUCGCAAAACUACAACUUCGCUUCGCAUGACAGUAUCAAUGAAGUGUUUUCUUUUUAUGUCACUAAUAACAUGUGUCUUCUGCUUGAAUAAACUAUUCACAACUGUACACUUCA